CCUACCUACCAUGGAUUACAAACUGGUUUCUUUGUUGGUGCUGAUAUUGGCAGUUGGAAUCACCAAUACAGUUGAGCUUACUGCUGCUAAAUGUAAAACUGAACCUAAAUCACGGAUUAACUGUGGCUUUGGUGGCAUAACCCGAGCUGAGUGCAACAACAAAGGCUGCUGUUUUGACUCCAGCAUUGUCGGUACGAUCUGGUGCUUCUAUCCCAAGCCGGAGGAAGCUGCUGCUAAAUGUAAAAUUGAACCUAAAUCACGGAUUAACUGCGGCUUCGGUGGCAUAACCCGAGCCGAGUGCAACAACAAAGGCUGCUGUUUUGACUCCAGCAUUGUCGGAACGAUCUGGUGCUUCUAUCCCAAGCCGGAGGAAGUUGCUAAAUGUAAAAUUGAACCUAAAUCACGAAUUAACUGCGGCUUUGGUGGCAUAUCCCCCGUCGAGUGCAACAACAAAGGCUGCUGUUUUGACUCCAGCAUUGUCGGUACGAUCUGGUGCUUCUAUCCCAAGCCGGAGGAAGUUGCUAAAUGUAAAAUUGAACCUAAAUCACGAAUUAACUGCGGCUUCGGUGGCAUAACCCGAGCUGAGUGCAACAACAAAGGCUGCUGUUUUGACUCCAGCAUUGUCGGUACGAUCUGGUGCUUCUAUCCCAAGCCGGAGGAAGCUGCUGCUAAAUGUAAAAUUGAACCUAAAUCACGAAUUAACUGCGGCUUCGGUGGCAUAACCCGAGCUGAGUGCAACAACAAAGGCUGCUGUUUUGACUCCAGCAUUGUCGGUACGAUCUGGUGCUUCUAUCCCAAGCCGGAGGAAGCUGCUGCUAAAUGUAAAAUUGAACCUAAAUCACGAAUUAACUGCGGCUUUGGUGGCAUAACCCGAGCUGAGUGCAACAACAAAGGCUGCUGUUUUGACUCCAGCAUUGUCGGUACGAUCUGGUGCUUCUAUCCCAAGCCGGAGGAAGCUGCUGCUAAAUGUGAAAUUAAACCUAAAUCACGGAUUAACUGUGGCCCCCCUGGCAUAUCCCUCACUGAGUGCAACAAAAGAGGCUGCUGCUUUGACUCCAGCAUUGUCGGUGUGAGCUGGUGCUUCUAUCCCAAGCCGGAGGAAGCUGCUGCUAAAUGUAAAAUUGAACCUAAAUCACGAAUUAACUGUGGCCCCCCUGGCAUAUCCCUCGCUGAGUGCAACAAAAGAGGCUGCUGCUUUGACUCCAGCAUUGUCGGUGUGAGCUGGUGCUUCUAUCCCAAGCCGGAGGAAGGUUGCUUUUUUAGAAAAUGAUCAUUGGCAUCUGCCCCCAGCAAAUUCUGCACCUCUCUACAAGCUUCAGCAUCAUUUUCUUUGUUAAACAAAGCAGGAAUUAAACCAACAGCCCAUGGAUCCGAAAAGGUCCCCUUGUAUGGAAAUCCCCCAUUUACGUUUCCAUUACAACCCCUGUCAUUGUCAAUUUACUGUUUAUUAAAACAAAAAUGUCCCCCAGUCUGAUGCCCUGUCAUUGUAUCCUUCCCUCUCUCUGUUGCCGGUCUACGACUGGCACAAUAGAAUAUUCUGUUACUUUAGCAGAAAUGUUUUAAAAAUGAUUAUAUUUCAAGUAAAUUCUAAUUUGUAAUUUUUGGGAAAAUAACUUGUUUGUUAAUGAAAAGGAACGGGAAGAAAAAUGUAGGUGCCUAUGGAGCAGAAGGCAGGAAUAAAUGCUAAAGGGCACUGGCACCAAGGAACAAAUCAUCGAGUUACUAGUGAUGAGCAAAUCAGUCCCGUUUCACUUUUAUCAUCGAAACGGUGAAAAAUUUGUGAAAUGCAUUGAAAUCAAUGGGCAUCAAAUUUUUUUUAAUAUGCAAUAUUUUU